GCAAGGAUGCCCUUGCCUUUAUUUCGUUGACUUGGACUGGACUACCGGACCCACCGGUCAGCGACACUAGGCUAGUCAGAGAGCCGUGCGUCGAUCAGCCGCCGUGGACUUCUCCUACCCGCGAAGUGAGAUUUUCCACACGUGAUAAGCACAAUCCGUGCCACGGAGGAUGACACGUCACUGUCUCCUCCGCGUGUCGAAUGCUCGUCGGUCACUGCAACGAAGAUAAGCUCAAAGCGUUCCCAUCAGAUCACGGCGGUUGGCAGUUGCUUGUCUGAUCAUGUGACCAUGUCUAGUUCCAACCUCGCGCUCAAUUCGGCUCACCAUUUUCGGUUUGAAAUCUAGCUAAAAUCAUCUUGACGUCCGUAGCUCGACGAAGAAGAAGGAAAGAAAUGGCCAGUGUCGUGCGCUUGUUGGAUUGAAAAGGAAGACACAUCGCGUUCGCAUAGCAGCUAGAAUCUAGACACUACGCUUUGGAUUGCUGCUUCUCAUCAGCAUGGAAGGCGACGCGCCGCCGCGCGUCGUCGAGGACUGCCGCGGCGCGCUCCGCGUGCUCAGCGACGGUACCGUCGUCCGGUCCACGCCGCCGAUCGCCGGCGACACCGAGGGCGUCCGCGCCGACCCGUCCGUCGAGUGGAAGGACACCGUCUACGACGCGGCGCAUGGCCUGGGCCUCCGCAUCUACAUGCCCGCCGCCGCGGCAGCCGCCGGCGGCCGGGACAUGAAGCUCCCCGUCGUGGUCUACUUCCACGGCGGCGGCUUCUGCAUCGGCUCCUACGCGUGGCCGAUCUUCCACGCGGCGUGCAGCCGACUCGCCGCCGGUCUUUCCGCUGUCCUCGUCUCCGCCGACUACCGCCUCGCCCCCGAGCACCGCCUCCCCGCCGCCAUCGACGACGCGGCCGCGGUCCUCCUCUGGCUCCGCGACAGCAUCGCCGCCGGUGCCGACCCCUGGCUCGCCGCCCACGCCGACGCGGGCAGAGUCCUCGUCGCCGGCGAGUCGGCGGGCGGCGUCCUCGCGCACCACAUGAACGUCCGCUUUUCCUCCGGCGCGCCGCUCCACCCCGUGCGGCUCCGCGGCUUCGUCCCGCUCAUGCCGUUCUUCACCGGCGGCGGCGAGCCGACGCCCUCCGAGCUGGCAUGCCCCGACGGCGCGUUCCUGAACCGCGACAUGUCGGGGCGGUACGUCCGGCUGUCGCUCCCCGCCGGCGCCACAGCGGACCACCCGUUCUUGAACCCGUUCUCGCCGGACGCGGCGCCGGGGCUGGACCGAGUUGACGUGGGGCCGACGCUGGUCGUCGUGGCCGGCGACGACAUGCUGCGGGACAGGAACGUGGAGUACGUGCGGAGGAUGGAGGAGAUGGGGAAGCCGGUGGAGGCCGUCGAGUUCCCGGGGCAGGGGCACGCCUUCUUCUCGCUCCGCCCGUGGAGCGAGCCGGUGGAGGAGAUGAUCCGGGUUGUGAAGCGGUUCAUGGACAAGGUCUGCUCGGGCUGAGCUGAGCGGUUACUGUAGAUGCACCGAGCUGCUACUUUGUGUUCUGAUUUUUCACUGCAAGCUGCAUAAAAUAAAGGGAGACUAAAUUUUAAAUCUCUA